CAGCACUUUCCACACACUGCACCGCCUCACCCUGUGGGAAGCUGGGCCCAGUAUAAAACCUUCCGCCAGGAGAAAAUAGACCAGUUCACAUGAGAGUGUCAGAAACUUCGUGUCCACUGGGGAGCGUGUUGUUGGAUCAGCAGGAGUCUGGUGCGUAACGGUGAUGCGCCUCAUCCAACAGAGACAAACAGGCGCAGGGAGUUUGUGAUUCCACAGAAAAGGGGAAAGUUUGAGUUGAAGGUUUGUUUUGUUAGAAUAAAGAAAGAGAAGAACUUGUUUUCCUGCUGGUGUUGAACUCAUGGCAGAGGGAGACUUCUACACGCUGGGGAACCGACAGAGGUUUCCCCGGGAUCCGUUUGGAGAGUCACCGUUCCGGGAGCAGUCUCCGUUCCGGGAGCAGCUCGCCUCCCGGUUCAUGGAGGAUGACUUCGGGAUCCCUCCGUUCCCCGAGGACCUGGGGAUGGACUGGCCGGGCUGGGCUCGACCGGGCCGGCUCAGCACCCGCCUGGGCUCGUCGCCCUUCAGCUCCACGUUACGCUCCGGUUUCCCCGUGCGUCAUUCCAGCGGAGGCCCCGCGGUCUAUACGAGCCGGUACGGAGAGGCCUCCCCGCGGAGCUCCCCCACCGGCACGGGCACGGUCGCUCCGGGGGCCGGCAGCCCCGGGGGGGAGCCGUGGAAAGUGUGCGUGAACGUGCACAGCUUCAAACCAGAGGAAUUAAACGUGAAAACGAGGGAUGGGUUCGUGGAAGUGUCAGGGAAACAUGAAGAGAAGCAGGAAGAAGGAGGAAUCGUGACAAAGAAUUUCACAAAGAAGAUACA